AUGGACACAUCUGCUGCCCUGCUCCUGCUGCUUGCUCUGGAAUUCUGAUGCCCUGGGAUUUACGGCCAGUCACUUGAGAUAAAGGUCAGGUCUCCCAGGGACAUCACCCAGCUCCAGGUGGGACAGAGGCUGGAGCUGGAGUGUCAGACUCACAAGAACAGUGGUGCAUUCUGGAUCCGCCAGGACAAGAGGAGAACCCUUCACUUCAUUGUCUUCAUCAAUUCCGUGUCCCGGACCACAUAUGGGAAUCAGGGAACAGCCACACGCUUUGACACGAGCAAACACAACACAGUCUAUAAUUUGGUAGUGAAAUCUUUCACACCACAGGAUGAGGGGAGCUAUUUCUGUGUGGUGAAUUACAACCAAAGCCUGUACUUCAGCCCCGUCCAGCCUGCCUUCUUAUCAGGCAAGCGUGAUGGGGCAGACCCAGCACCAUCUUCCCAUCCUCACUUCCCCACCCCACCCAUGGCUCUGAAGGGAGAAGACUACAGCAAAGUCCACCACCACCCCCUCCUUCCUCAGCACACGCAGGUCCCAAAAGUACUACCAAGCUCAGGGGGCUCAGACUUUGUGAGGAUGGUGUCAGAGAGCAGCAUGCAGGAAAACCUGGAACACUUCUGUCUCGCGUUCCUCUGGAUCCCCUUGGCAGGCCUCUGUCUCCUGCUCCUCCAGCUCCUGGCCACCAGCCUCAUGCUGCAUCGACUCCUUCAUUUGCACAGGAAAUCAACUUCUAAAAAAAAUUACAACACUGACAGUGGUAACUACCCCCCUGAAGACAGCUCCGAAUCCACUGCACAGUGGAAUCUUCCCAUUUUUGACCUCUAG